AUGUCGCUGGCGGGCUGCUGCACGGUGACGGUGCCCUCGGUGCCCUGUGUUCCCUGCGCUCCCUGCGGGCCGGCAGAUGAGACCUCCGCAGCGGCCGAGCUCAUGAGCCGCUGUCAGCAGAUGCACGAGGACCUGGGGAAGCUGGUGCGGGAAGAGCAGGACCUGUUGUUCAGCCUGUCCCUCCACGUCGAGCGGCUCAACUUCGGACCGGAGACGCGCCCGCGGCCCUCGGCGCUGAAGACGCCACCGGACGGCGCAUCGAAGGAGAGCAACCGGCACAGCGAGAAUGACGCAGGAGAUCGGCGUGAGGUUCGCUUCGGGCGCCACAGCUACGGGCCGCAGGCCUUCGAGCCACCGCCGCCUCUGAUGAUGGCUCUCCCAAUGAAGCCGGAGACCACGGUGGAGACUCUGCGACCCCUCCAACCGGGACAGACCUCCAGCCCCUACAGGGGCCGCAAGUACCGCGGCGACUCCUCCAAGGGAACUGCGACGAGCCGGCUGCCCGAAGCUGUGAACAACACCUAUUCGAUCAACGGCAUCACGUCGCAGCCGAUCCAGGUCUUCCGCAACUCCUUCGUGGAGUUCAUCAGGUCGAACUACUCCUCGGUGGAACGGCAGCAGACGCCCUGCAGGCGCCUGAUUGCCUCCUUCGUGAUGUUCUGUGCCUGGCUGCUGGACCGGAAGGAGCCCGAACGCAACGGGUGCCUCGCCAGAGCCGUCCGGAGCCCCUACUUCGCCCUCCUGUCCACCGUGGUGAUCUUGGCCAACGCCGUCGUCAUCUUGUAUGCCACGGACUACGAGAUGCAGAAUCUCAACCAACCCACCAACGCCCAGAUCCGGUCCAUCGACCUUUGCCUCGCGGGCUUCUACGUUGUAGAAGUGCUUUUGAAGCUCAUCGUCCACAAAUUAUUCUUCUUCUGGAACAGUGAAUGGAGAUGGAACCUUUUUGACUUCUCCCUGGUGCUGUUUGCGAUCGUGGAGAACGUUUUGGCCUACGAUUGGAUGCAUGGCACGCAGGACACUGGCGUCAACUUGAACUUCCUGAGGCUCUUCCGACUCUGCAAGAUUGUGAAGAUCCUGCGUAUCUUCCGUACGCUGAAGUUCUUCAGCGAGCUGCGUCUCAUGCUGGACUGCAUGAUCGGCUCGCUGCUGAACGUGAUUUGGUGCAUUGUCAUGCUGGUCUUUGUGAUGUACGUCUUUGCACUCUUCGUGCAGCAGCUCCUUGCCUCGCACCUCAUCGAGGAUGGGGGCCGCGACAGCGAAGAGGACGUCAGAGAGAUCCAAAGAUUCUUCGGCUCUGUGGGCAUGACCUUGCUGACGCUCUUCCAAGCGUGCACGUCUGGUGUGGACUGGAAGGAUCCAUUCGACGUGCUCAGAAUCUCCGGGGAUGUGCUGCCGGCAGCCUUCCUGUUCUACGUGGCCUUUGUCUUUAUCUCCGUCUGGAACAUCAUCACAAGUACCUUUGUGGAGAAGGCGCUGAAGCUGGCGCAGCCGGACAUCGACCUCUUGGUCAUGGAGCAGCAACUCCAGGACUACGAAGACACGCAGAUGCUGGCAGAGCUCUUCUCGGACAUGCUGCAGACGGACGAGGACGGCGUGCCUCGCGUUGGGCUGGAGGAGUUCCGGCACCUUGUGGAGAACAGCGACUUCCGCUCCUACCUGCAGACCAGGGGGAUCGACAUUAAGAAUGCGGAGACCUUCUUCAAGAUGCUGGUGGAGCUGCACGGAGAGCCAACCAUCGACGCCAUCACGUUUGCAAAUGCUUGUGUGCGAAUGAAAGGUGCGGCGACAAGCAUCGACCUGCAGACUGUAAUGUAUACGACGCACCUCAUGAACAAGGACCAGCGACGCGCCUUCCAGUUUAUGUACAGUCGGUUGAAAUCCAUCGAGUCCAUGCUCCGAGAGAGGGGUGAGGAAUUCGACUGGGACGCGUCCUCCUUCCAGUCGCCGAAGAGUCAGCCGAACCUGAGCCGGGAGUGGUCGCGCUCCAGUCCCUUGCUCUGCAGCAUUCUGUCGGUGUGGCUCGUUGGGAGCAUGCGCCAAGAAAGUCUGUCUGCCAUGGAAAGCGAGGCAAGCGUCCUGGUGCCUCACAAGCUCAUGUUGAUGAGCUUCAGCGACGUCCAUGGCAGAUGCACCGAUCCCGAUGGUCAGGCAGAGGGGAUGCGCAGCCACAUGGAGCUGUUCAAAUCGUCAGCGGCCGCGAAGGCAGUCGAGACCACACAGGCAGACGUCAUCGUCUAUGCGGGUGAUGCAACGACGAUCCCGGAUACGGUGGAUUGCGAGAUUUCGAACUUCGAAGAACUCGAGGAGUUCGUGGACUGGUUCAAAGAGGUCCAACCGGAGAAGCCGAAGAUCUUCAUUCCAGGUAAUCACGACACGUGUCUCGACGACAGUACCGUGUUGGAGAGUAGGUUCAAAACCCAGAGGCGGCAGCGAUUGCUGGACCUCAUGGACAGGAGCAACAUCCACUUCAUAGGGCCUGCUGGUUGGCUGAGGAUCCCUCUGGGUGGAGGCUCCGAGUUCAAGGUGCUUGCUUCAGGUUUCUCAGCGGGGCGGCCGCCGGGAGCCAAGCACUUUGCGGAGGAGUACCAGAUCGGAGGAAAAGCCGAGUUUGGAUCGGAAGUCUUGGAUAAAGACGGCGAAAAUCUGACGAUGGCAGGUGUUUUGGGCGCCUUCCAGUACUGCCCGGCUUCAGCGAUCACCAGCUACGUCGACUGCGCUUUGGUCUACAGCAAGGUGACGGAGUCUCUGGAGAAGGCAAGCGCGGCUUUGGGAUAUGAGGCUGAUCUGGUCGUAGUCCACGGUCCCCCCGACAACUUGGGGGUCAAGUUCGGGCCUGGUGGUGGCAAGGGUCCACCGGGACUCCUGGCAGAGGCGCUCAUGAAGCCCUUGAUUCGGAGAGCUGGUGUUAUGCGGGUAGGUCAUUAUCACCCUGUAGCGGACUGGCGGGAAGGUCUGAGGACCCAGCUGCUCGAAUGCAACUCGGCGACCUGCGAGGGGCGCGUUGAGAUGAAGUUCGUCCCUGUGAAGGGUGCCAGGCCCGAGGUAUGCCAGUAUCCGGAUGCUUCCGACUCCGUUCACAUGCCAGACGAGUACGUCUUCCAGAACCUGGAAGUCAUGCAGAUUGGGAAAGUUGUGAAGGGCGACAUGAAGAACGAGUUGACAAAAGAGCUGGUCAUGAAAUACCGCUGGACAGGGCCCACAUUCAACAAGCCAGAGCCCACUGAAGGGGAUGGUGCCAGAAAGUACAAAGUCGUCACGGUGCCACGCCAGGGCAAGAAUAGACAGGUGAUCAUCCCUACCAUCCUUUAG